UUUAAAAAGCACAUUGAAAAGUUUGAACAAACAAAUGAGUAGCAAAAAAAUAAAAAAAAAGGAAAAAAAAUAAGAGCAUGAGUGUGUAAUGAACUGUCAUUGAAAUAAUACGUGCUUCCCAUAAUGUCAUUUGCCGUACUUUUUUAAUCUUUAAGGGAUAAAUUAACAACAAUUAGAAGCUAGACUAGCUUAACUUUAUUCAAUUCUUUUCCCCUUUGUUUAUGAGGAUACAUUUGCUUCCAUGUUUCAAUAAUUAAUUUGACGUAUUAUUGUUUCAUCCACCAAAUUUCCACAAAAAUGGAAGCCAAGGUUCUAUUAUUCAGCACAAUCUUGAUCUUUGCCUAUGUCUCUUUUCCAGUCUAUUCAUGGGAUGAUGAUGAAUGCACCUACGUAAUUUACGUGCAAACCGGCAAUGCAAAAAGCGCAACAACGUAUGCUAAAGUAAACCUUGAAUUACGUGACAAAUAUUUCAAUCGUUUAAACAUCACAAACCUUCAAUCUUGGGGGAUUAUGAGCAAGUAUCAUUACUAUUUUAAAAGAGGAAAUUUGGAUACCUUUGCUGUGAAAGGCAAAUGCUUAAAAGGUCCAAUUUGUAGCAUGACAUUGAGUCAUGAUAACACCGGCGUAUCUCCCGGUUGGUACGUGGACUAUGUUGAAGUUACGUCUAUUGCACCAAGUCGGGGUUGUCGAAAGAUUAAUUUUCCGGUUAAUGCGUGGUUGGCCAUCAAUGAGCCACCGUUUGGUACCGCUAGUCGGGGUGUGUAUUUGUGUGAUGAUAUUAUUGGUGAUGAUGGUAAAUGCUCCUAGCUAGAAGAUUUUGAUCCUCUAACUUGGUUAUGCUACAAUUAAUAUAACUUGUAGUGCAUUAUUGCUUAGUUAUUGAUUGAGUUUUACCCUUUGGCUGUUAUUGGAAUGUGAGAUGAAAAUGAGAAAUUUGUUGUCUUGGGAUAUUUUUCUAUUUCAAGUGACUAGAUUAAUUUGGUUA